AUGGACGCCGGCAAAGCACCGCUCCGCCCUCCCACACGAGCCACAGACCAACCCUCUCGAACUCGUCGACUUUUCAGCCGCCUAUCGUUCGCAAGUCUCCGUCUAAGAGCGGGACAGAGAGCUUGCCCGGGGGAAGAAGCAACGGAAGACAAUGGCAUGAACCCAACAGAAAAUCAAGACAAUCUACCCCCUGCAGUCCCAAACACUGUCGAUACGUCUCCUGUCCCGGUGGACGAGCCACAAGGCAAAGGAAAGGCUCGUGCAGAUGAUGACCACGUCGAGAUGCCUACCUGCGUCAUCCCGAAUUCGCCAUUCACGACAGGAUUUGAGCAGUUCCGUCUUAGAACCACUUCGGAGCUCAUGGAGUCAGCCAUGUCUCGCCCGGAGGCGUUUUUCAGCUCAGUACGGAGUCUCGACCGCCAACUCCGAAUGGAGCACACUCAGCACGAAGAGCUGAAGAGGUCUCAUCAGAUGCUUGUCACCCGGGUUGCAGAUCUUGAGAACACUGUCCAGAGACUACAACAGUGCAACAGAAACCUCACAGACAUCACGAAGGACCCGGAGGCCUGUGCCGAAAGCGGAGCCCCUCCCCUGAGCCAACAGCUGCAGGACACAAACAACGAUCAGCUCAGCUGCUCCGUCGAAGCCUCUGGACGACCCGCAGAUGUUGAAGAUAAAGAGAAACAGUGCGCUCCACGAGGGGAUGGUGAUCCAAGCCGCGCUCCAGUGGCUACUGAUCAAGCAUGGCUGGAGGACGCGCAUUGGCGCGAAUUUUCGGCAUGGGUUCUCAGUGUGGUGGCGAUGAUCUGA